AUGUUUACAACUCAGCAGCACAUCCACAGAACCCUGGAAGGGUAAAUUCCCAAGAGACGGUUAGGUACACUAGGUGUACAGACGGCGCAAACAUGGAAAAAACAAAACCGGAGACAUGCAUGAUUGUUAAAAUUAAAUUGUGAUCGUUGGAACAGCAGUUUUACAAGCCUGAGUUCAAAGGCUGGGGUUAAAAAACUGCUAUCCUAGUGAUCGUCCGUUCAUCUCCCUUGGAACAAGAACCUGGGACUCGCAUAUUCACCUAUAUUCAUGUACAUAAUUGCUUCUGCAAUUGCUCAGCCCUUGCAACAGAAUCGACCGGACAUGAUGGGUGAGCACUCAAAUCCAGUCAACUUGGAGAAAUGAUAUAUAUGCCGUUGAGAGGGCCAGGCAGUGGACAGAUUCCGCUAUCUAUGUCUUAGAAAGCAACUACUGGUGGUUAAGAAAGUAGGAUCGAAGUUCUGGUGCGAGAUUGUCAUGUUGGAGUUUGGUUCCCGAUUUCGGAGAUGAAAUUUUUUGGGGUGAACUGGAUACAAUCCAGUGAACAACAAUGCAGCUGUUUUUUUUCGUGUGAAGUUGUGUUCCACGAAAGCGGUCUAUCGAUCGUCCAGUGGACCAACUAGGGUCAGGAGGAUUCCGUGGAAUAUUAGGAAUUAGAAAUAACUCAGUUCCACAUCGUUUACUCGGCACGUUUAAAUCGGUUACUCUAGAGCAGACGCACACGAAGCCGUCUACAGCGCCGUGUGGAGGCAAAAGCUUUUUCUAGGUACUAUAACGCGAGAGAAAGUAGAUCCACCUAUGCUAUAGCAUAUACUUGAAACAGCUUAACUACCAUUAACUCAGUAUUAACAUUCAAUUAUUCCAUGGUGAAUAAUUUUGUACUUUCGAAUUCGUAUGCUCACAUGUGCCAGCAGUGAGUAGAGGUGUUUUUGUGGAGCGGACAUUUUUCCGACUGAGAUCCCGACGGUGCUUUCUAUCGCCAGACUCAUCGUAAUAAUCAUAAUAAUAGUAAUACUAAUAAUAAUAAUUCAUAUUGACCCAACUGUAAAACAACUCGGCGCCUUGGUGGGAUUCAUACCCACGCAGUAAGGGGAAGGCUUUAGUACAGCCAACGCUCUAACCACUUGAGUUACGAGGCCCCGCCGGACGACGCGAGUUUAAUCGCAAUUGGGGUCAAGUUACCCGCCCAACCUACUGCAACGUCUGGAAUCCACCGAAUCGGCUACAGUAAGUUGACUGCCCAUGCAGGAUUUCCUAAGUAAUACACCUAGAAUCCACCAGGUGACUACCAUGCUCACGUAAUUCAUAGAUGUGAAUUACUGUGUGGGUUCGAAUUCCACCAAGGCGCCGAGUUUUUCACAGUGGGGUCAAUAUGAAUUAUUCAAAAUCUCCCAAAACAUAUAUGAAUCACGUGAGCCUGGUAGUCAUCUGGUGGAUUCUAGGUGAAUUACUUAGGAAAUCCUGCUUGGCAGUCAACUUAUUGUAGCAGAUUUGGUGGAUUCCAGACGUUGCAGUAGGUUGGGCGGGUAACUUGACCCCAAUUGCGAUUAAACUCGCGUCGUCCGGCGGGGCCUCGUACCUCAAGUGGUUAGAGCGUUGGCUGUACUAAAGCCUUCCCCUUACUGCGUGGGUAUGAAUCCCACCAAGGCGCCGAGUUGUUUUACAGUUGGGUCAAUAUGAAUUAUUAUUAUUAGUAUUACUAUUAUUAUGAUUAUUACGAUGAGUCUGGCGAUAGAAAGCACCGUCGGGAUCUCAGUCGGAAAAAUGUCCGCUCCACAAAAACACCUCUACUCAGUGCUUGCGAAUGGCACCCAAGCUGCCGCCGGAGCAGAUAGUUCUGUUUUACGAGGGAGGAGAACGAAGACAUUUCUCUCAGAAUUAACAACGUCUUCAUGGCCUAAGGACAAUAUGAAGUCUCGGUUGGAUGGUGAAUUUGUCGGUUGAAAGGCACAAAUGUUCCCUCGGUUUCCUUCUCCCCACCCUCCUGAUCAACAAUAAAUUUCCUACGGCAACCGCGGCCAGCGAGGCAUGAGCUCUUCGAGUCAGCCAUUAACUUGGGCGUGUGUGUAGGCGUGUGGACGACGUGCACUAUGUUUAUGCACACUCCAGACUAUGGUUCUUUCGGGCACUAAAAAGUCCAAAAAUCCACCCACAUGAAGUGAGGCGUUCUUUUUUUAACUGUCUAACAGGCUUGGCCGUCUAUUUUUGAAUAAUAUGGGACAGUUCCGGUGGAAAACCGUCCAGUGACAGUCAGUUCUCUUCUACACUACAGAGAACGUAAAUAACCACCCUUGUUUCUGGACGAACUGAAAUAGUUAGGAUAAAAUUUAGUUUUCACAUAAUAAUGCAGUUGACCCCUUUCAGGCGCACAAAAAGCACGUGGCCCAGGAACACGCGUUUAGUUGCAUAUGAUCGGACAGUUAGUAUUCAGGUUAAUAAGUGUUUUUGGCAGAUUCGAAUUAUACGGUUGAUCCAUUUAUGAACAAGUAGGCGGCGGGCAGCUUGACCCAAAUGUGAUUAAACUCACGGCCCUAGGACGGGGUCUCAUAGCCCAGGUGGUUAGAGUGCUGGCUAUAGUCAAGCCCUGCCAUUACUGUCGUGUGUUCGGAUCCCACCGAGGGAGCCGAGUUUGUCACAUUUGGGUUGAAAUGAUGUAUUCAGAUUGUUAAAAGGAUGUUAAACGUUAAGGGCGCUUUCGGAGCUGCCACAACAAGCCUCUGAUCAUGUACUAUUUUUAAGUCUCAUGGCCGGACCCAAGGGCCGCGGUUCUUAAAUGCACGUUUAAUUUAUGGUAGGUGAGAGUACAACAAAAAGUGCUUGUCGUAUCGUGGCCAAAACGUACGCUACCAGCCGUUUCGAGUUCGAGAACGGACACGCAUUUACUCAGAGGGCAACACCCUGGCUCUACUCCAAUCACGUCUUAUUCAAUAUUGUCACUUACCGUUUGACAACACAACUUUUAGGACGGAUUUCUAGAAAAAGCCUUUAGUUACAUUUCGUCGUUCGCCCUAGAAGUUCCUCACAUUCUGGGUAAUUCACAUGUGGACAAAACAAUAGGGGAAUAAUUCUUCGCUCAACAGUAGCUUAUUCGAAAACAUAAUCGUGACACCAAUGUACUAACCUCGCUGAGAAAUGACUGAAAUUAAUCUAGAGGGAAAUAUUUGCCAAAAUUUAACUCUCCAUGCUCGACAGACGGUUGUAGCCUUUGCCAAGUAUCUUUUUGCCGGUCUCCUCUUGCUGCGCGGUAUGCGGAAGAAACCAAAAAAAUUGUUGGUGAUUUAGUCUAUGUCCGUAUGUCUUUGCGCAACUAAAUGUUUGUGUGGAACCCUAAAACCCUCUGUCUCUGUUAUACUCCCGUAGAAAUUUGAAAUCUACCAGACUGGUGCUCUGCUAGAACGUCUAACCAGACGCUACUCGGAUACGUGACACUAACUUGGAAACUUAUCCCAAGUCGAUAAAAUCGGAUCUCCAAGGAGUGUGUGCAGGUUAAAUACAGUAGAUGUGCUAUCUCAUAAAAUGUUAACCGGAGUUAUUAAAUGUGCUUUCGAUUCGAAAAGAUUACUUAAGUAGGAUUGUAAUACUGAUUAUCCUAAUAUAUUUCAGUCACACCAGGAUGCAGACUUUUAAAACACUCUUUCUUGUACUCAUUUGGUAGUAAAUUACGUCUUCAAAUUUUAUACUCGGAGGAAGGGUGUCUUGAGAUUUAAUUUCUUGUCUCACCUGCUGAUACAUUCGCAUUCGGGGUUUGCAAACUACCUGUUGUAUAAAUUCCGUCAAAUAAUACUAUUUAUUCAUCGACGCUCCUAGGAAAACGUCCCAUUGCAACGGAUUGGACUGGGUUGCACUGAUUCGAUGCUGUAUGAAUGGGCAUUUCCCGGUCUUGAGAAAUCUCAUAAUUUGAAACCUUUUUAAAACCGAAAGAUACCCUUCGUUGGGUAUAAAAUUUGAAGAUGCAGUUUGCUGUUAAAUGAGCACAGGGAAGAAUAUUUUUGUGCACGUUUUCGAUAAACAUAUAAUCUCAGCUAUAAGGACAUCAACAGUCGACGAGGAAAAUGCAUACUACUUGAGUAGUCGUUUUUUUUGCAAGGUGUAAUUUUUGCAGACGGCCGAAAAUAAGCUCAGUAAAAGCCAGCAUCCUGGGGUGACUGGAAUAACUGAGGACUAUGCUGCACGAUAAUCAAUAUUACAACCCUACCUAAGGAAUCUUUUCAAAUCAAAAGCAAAUUCCAGAAUUUCGGUUGACAUUUCAUGAGUUACCACAUCUACCGUAUACAGGGGGUAGUGUGUGACGUGCCUUCGCAUAGUCAGAAACUCGGAAAACAUUAAUUUCGGCACUUCUUGGUAGCACGUCUAAGGAGAAAGAGACAAGUGUACUGGAACAAGGAGUUUAUUCGUCUAACCACUCGGAUUAAUCGGAGGUGGCAGCAGCAGCAGCAGCAGCAGCAGCAGCAGCAGCAGCAGCAGCAGCAGCAGCAGCAGCAGCAGCAGCAGCAGCAGCAGCAGCAGCAGCAGCAGCAGCAGCAGCAGCAGCAGCAGCAGCAGCAGCAGCAGCAGCAGCAGCAGCAGCAGCAGCAGCAGCAACAGCAGCAGCAGCAGCAGCAGCAAGGAAUGGCGAGACAUCAGGGUUAG